AUGUAUAGUAAUUAUGAACUAGAGAUAUUUCAGUUAAUAGUAAGUUGUUUAUCUGAUAAAGAUAUAGCUACUUGUCAGAGUAUUUGUAGCCUAUGGUAUAAGAAAUGGGUUAGGUAUCGUUAUAGUAAUGUUUACAUAAGGGGGGAACAUCAGUUUCGUUCAUUUUUUUAUUACAACCUAGAGACAUCAUUGUAUGGCCAUGAAACAAUGUAUUCAAUUGGCUACCAGGUUCAAAAACUGGUUAUUGAAAGAGUGUUUAUGCAUGAUGGUGUUAUUGCAAGUAAAGGGACUUACCGCAUGCCCUUUGAAUAUUACCAACAAUAUCAAAAACGCAAGGAAUUAGACAAAGUAAAAAAUAAUUUUCUGUUAUGGAAAGAUAUGCAAACCUUGGUGGAGUUCAAUGGCAUCACAGUUACCUGCUUUCUUCUUCAACAGCAACCAACCCAGUUAACAUCCUUAUUCAUUCAAUUCAAUAAUCAAAACGACCUUACCAACCAAAAGAUAUCCUUAAUCAAUUUACUACAUCAUGCUCCUCAACUCAAGUCACUUACAUUUGAAAAAAUUUAUUUAUCAAUAACAGAGUUAGAAAAGAUACAUGAAAAUUGUCCGCAGCUUAUGUUAUUGAAUAUAUUAGAUACAAUACUGUUAACUGCAGAGUUAUCACUUUUAUCUAAAAUUAGUCCUGCAAUCAAUCUACAUUCAUUUCGUUUUGUGAAUAGUAAAAUUAGUGAUGAUGUAUUUGGAUACAUGAAUUAUAUUGCUCAAAAAUAUACUCGUAUCAAAACACUUGAAAUAGAAAACUCCUGUUUACCUUUUAAACAAGAAGAAUCAAAGGGCUGCGACUCCAUAAGGUAUCAGAUCGAGUUAUUAAAAAUUGCUAAGCAAUGUAAAAAAUUAAGGGCUCUCAAGAUCCAACCCUUUGUUUUGAAUGACAUCUUUCUUCGUUUGUUAGACGAGAAUGAUGUUUGCUUAAGUCAAUUGUCAUUUGGCGAUAGCUUUGAUGUUAAUAGUUUAAUAUAUGAACUUGAUAGUUUAGUAAAAUCAAAUCAAAGGCAUUAUAUUAAUCACUUGACAAUUGACUGUCGUCGGCUGCUUAUGAGAGGAAGUGAUGGUCUAGAUCAGAAUAUGACUGUAAGUCAGAAUGAUACUACGCAAGUGAUUAGUAAGAAUGAUGAAGGGAAGAUAUGCCUUGAGAAUAUAUUAAACUAUUGUCCAAACCUAAUCUCAUUGGUCAUCACACAUGCUAAAAUAAUAAUUGCUUCCAAGUCAUGUUCUACACCAACAUCUACAUCUACAUUUACAUCCACUACUAUUAUUAGUAACAAUAGCAAUUUUGGCUAUGGAUUGCAAACUUUAAAACUAGAGCAUGUAUCACUAGAUAAUGAUAAUCCCGUGUUUCCCUUUAUUUCCACUUAUUGUAAGGCCCUACGUUAUUUAUCAUGCAUAUCUAUUAUUCCAACUUCAUCAUUACAUGAGUCAUCUAAUAACAAUCAUACAUUUGAUAUCUAUUUACCUAAUCAUCAUCUAAAUAUUCUGGUAUUGGAACAAAUCCGUGUAUCAAGCAAAUGUAACGCUCGACUAGGAACAUCUAGGUUUAAGAUCAUAUUAGGUAACACUUGUGAAGCCUAUUGGUAUGAUCUUACAGGAUAUACAAAUCCCUCUUUCUUCCCUAAUCAUCAUGACCUAUUAUCAUCUGAGUUGGGGUUAAACUCAAGGGAAAAUCGCUCAGAGACACAACAUACUUUCAGUAGUAGUAGAAUGCAUGCAACCAAGUUUAAGAAAACUAAAGACGCAAUAUACAAAAAUGAGAAUGAAUACAUAUCAAUUACCUGCAAAAGUAUUCGAGCAUUAUAUUUAAAUGGUCUCCGUAUUUUUUGA